AUGGACGUCCUUCAGCAGGCUGUCAUUCAUCCCCUGCAGCCGGUGCUGCGGCCUAUCGUGUCUGCCCUCCCCGAACCUGUGCACGACGCCGUGAUUUCGCUCAUCGGGGCGCCCUGCCACAGCGCCCUGCUGCUGGACCUGGAUGUGACUGAGGACCCGGCAUGCACGUCGCUGGCGAUCUCCAAGGCGCUGGGGAUAGCGAUCGUGGGUGCCAGUGCGAUCGUCAAGGUGCCGCAGAUCCUGAAGCUGGUCCAGUCUCGCUCGUCGGCCGGUGUUUCGUUUGUGUCCUACGCCCUGGAGACGACCAGUCUCCUCAUCACUCUGUCGUACGGGGUGCGCAACCAGUUCCCCUUCAGCACGUACGGCGAGUCGGCCUUGAUUGCCGUGCAGGAUGUGGUGGUGGCGGUGCUGGUGCUGACCUUUGCGGGCAAACCGGCGGCUGCGGCGACCUUUGUGGCUAUCCUUGCGGCGGGCGUGUAUGCUCUGCUCUUCGACUCGAACCUUGUGGACGCGCAGACCAUGGCGUACUUGCAGGCUGGAGCGGGCGCGCUCAGCGUUGCCAGUAAAGUGCCUCAGAUCCUCACCAUCUGGCAGCAGGGUGGAACCGGACAGUUGAGCGCAUUCGCAGUGUUCAACUACCUCGUCGGUUCCCUGUCGCGUAUCUUCACCACCCUGCAGGAAGUGGAUGAUAAGCUGAUCCUCUACUCGUUCGUCACGGCCUUUACGCUCAACGUCGUCCUGGCCGCGCAGAUGGUAUAUUACUGGAGGAGCCCUGCGCCGAAGAAACCGACUGGCAAGGCGCCAGUCAAACAGGCUGUCCAGAAGGCCCCUGUGGCGGAGAGCACUGGUGUUUCUCCCAAACCGUCUGGCAAGAGUCCCACUACUCGACGACGCGGGUAG